AUGCUUCUACAGGACCCACCAGAAGACGAAGUUGUUACUUUGUGUGGGCAUGUUUUUUGCUAUCAGUGUGUAUCAGAUCAUUUAACAGGAGAUGACAAUAUGUGUCCUGCACCUGACUGCAGAGAACAACUUAUUCCUGAUGUUGUACUUUCCAAAGCUACCUUACGGAGUUGUAUUUCUGACGGUCAUGAUAAUAAUCCCUUGUCUUCUUCUGCAUUUUCUGAGAAAUCUGUAAUUCUGCAGAAUGAGUAUAAUUCUUCUAAAAUCAGAGCUGCUAUUGAGAUUCUUCUGUCACACUGUAAAUCGAAGGGUCCUAGUCCAGAACCACAAAAUUUGGAUCCAUGUAAUGGAAAUUCUUUGUCUUUGGGAAAGGUGUGCCCAGAACCACAAAUUAAAGGACCAAUAAAAGCUAUAGUUUUCUCCCAGUGGACUGGCAUGUUGGACUUGGUUGAAAUUUCAUUGAACCGGUCUUGUAUGCAAUAUAGGAGGCUUGAUGGAACAAUGAGUCUUGCUGCAAGAGACAGGGCUGUGAAAGAAUUCAACACUGAUCCUGAGGGUUCUGCUUUGCUUGCAGCUACCCUCAAGAUAGUCGGUGAGGAAGUAGGACAGUUGACAAAGGUUGCAUUAAUGAUGCUGCAUCUGAUGAUGAGGGCUAAGGGCAAUCUGUAUUGCGAUUACUGCAAUAAGCCAAGACAUAGAAAAGGACUUUUUGGAGGCUUCAUGGUGACUGUUAUGCUGAUGUCACUAAAAGCUGGAAAUCUCGGUCUAAACAUGGUGGCUGCCUGUCAAGUAAUCCUUUUGGAUCUUUGGUGGAAUCCAACUACUGAAGAUCAGGCUGUUGACCGAGCUCAUAGAAUCGGACAGACUCGUCCUGUUACUGUAUCACGGCUCACUAUUAAGAACACAGUUGAAGAUCGGAUUUUAGCUCUCCAGGUAUGUAUCUUUUAUUAA